GUUGUUGUUGUCAGACAUUUCCUCCCGUCUGUCCCUGUGCCGUGAACGUUAGCUCGGAUAGCCAUUAGCUCUAAUCCCAUAAUCUCAAUAGUUAGCCUCAGGUAGUCUGUCGUUCCUAGACUCUUAGUGUCAUGUGUGUUGGCUUCUCCUGUAUGUGAUUUUGUCAACUCUUGGAUGUUAGUGGUAUUAGACAAAAACCAGGUCUACUAGUAAUUGGCCUUAACAUUAGUUUUAUUUAAAGUGGCUGACCGUAGACUUAAAAAGCCCUCGCUUUCAGCUCGCAGUGUAUUUGUCGUGCUACAAAUAUUUAAACUUAAAACGAAACAGUUUGGAAAAUGAAACGAGACUAAGAAUCUUAGGAAGCUUAUAAUUGGCAGGUUAUUUAAAGAAGUAAUAAACUCCGCAUUUGCGUGGAGAGAUUACCUAGUGAUCCUACUGGGCACCGGUCCAUGAACCCGAGGCGUCGGGGGGGAGGUUUCUUGUUGUCUUAAACAAAAGAUGGGUAACAUGAAAAGUGUCAAAAUGAUGAAAAUGACACAAUACGACUUAAGUGUAACUUAAAGUGCAACAAAAACAUGUAAAAGAAUAUUAGUACGACGCUAAACAUUCCAAAAUUAUUCAGAAAUUAUAUACACACAAACUCUUUUUCGCUACUGUUAGAGUCCUGCAGUACAGCAGACAAUUCCUGUCAGGAACACCAAAUCAACACUUUGGAGUUUUGCUGAAGGUGUAGACCCCCUGCAGAGGAAUGGCUAAAGAGCAGAGGCAAAGCAGGGCAGAGACAUUUGUACUGGCUGGAUCAAAUGGUCAUAAUGGCCAACAGUGGCAGACUGGUGUGAAUAACUCAGAACAAAAUAACCCUUCUGCCACUAACCAUAUUUCUCGGAUGGCCCGCGUUGCCUCAGAUGUCAAACAUAAAUGUGCAGCGUAUGUGCUAGCACUGAGACCGUGGAGCUUCAGCACCUCGCUCACGCCUGUAGUCCUUGGCAGCGCUUUGGCAUACAAACUGGAGGGUUCUGUGGACUUGGUCGUCCUUAUGGUGUGUGCAGUGGCUGUCCUCGUAGUCCAUGGGGCAGGGAAUCUUGUAAACACCUACUAUGACUUCUCCAAAGGAAUUGACCACAAGAAGAGCGAUGACAGAACUCUUGUAGAUGAAAUUUUGGCGCCACAGGACGUUGUCAUGUUUGGCGCUCUGCUAUAUUCUUUGGGUUGCUUGUGCGCCACUCUGCUCUUCUUCCUGUCUACACUUAGGCUGGAGCACUUAGCCCUUAUUUACUUUGGGGGACUUUCCAGCUCUUUUUUGUACACCGGAGGCAUCGGCCUCAAGUACGUGGCUCUGGGAGACGUAGUAAUCCUCAUAACCUUCGGCCCUCUGGCUGUCAUGUUCGCCCACGCUGUGCAGGUUGGGUACCUCUCGGUGCUGCCGCUGGUAUACGCCGUCCCGCUGGCCCUCAACACAGAAGCUAUCCUCCACAGCAACAACACAAGAGACAUGGACUCUGACAAGCAAGCAGGCAUUGUCACCCUGGCCAUCCUCAUAGGCCCUACACUAUCUUAUGUGCUCUACAACCUCUUGCUCUUCGCUCCUUAUGUGCUGUUUUGCAUCCUUGCCACCCGUUACACCAUCAGCAUGGCGCUACCUCUGCUCACACUGCCCAUGGCCUUCCCCCUGGAGAAGCAGUUCAGGAGUCGGUGCUAUGCCAAGAUCCCCCAGAAAACAGCCAAGCUCAACCUCCUCAUGGGACUUUUCUAUGUGUUUGGAAUCAUUCUGGCACCUCCCAGCAGCUUGCCAUUGCUGUGAUUCAGAUUUGGCAUUUCAAAUUUUCUUUUAUUACAGACUAGUUUAUGUACCUCUUUGUAUUUGUACGAAGCUUUCUGAAGGCUUUUGUUGGCUUUAAUUUAUUGUGUAACUUAAAAACGGAACAGAUUUAGUUUAGAUGCUGCUCUGUGACAAAAUGAGGCAGGUUGCUUUGCAGUAUUAAGCCUUUUACAAUGUGUUGGUAAAAGUAAGGAUCGUCAGUGUCAUUUUAAAGGGGAAGGCAACAUAUUCAUCAUUUGAGGACCCACGAUUAACCUGCAUUUGCCAUAUUUGAAGUUUGUAAAGACAAAAUACAUAUUGACAUCUAAAAACAAUAAACUAUCAUUACCGAGCUUUGUGUCUUAUGCUACAUUAAGUUAAUUUGGUCAUGUUUUAUUUUUGGAGAACCUAAUGGUAUUUUAUCAGAUUGUAAUAAAGCUCACUGAUGCUGA